CAUGUUUGAACUGCAAAUAUUUUUCAGGCGAUUAGAGUUUCGGUACCCUUUAAGAUCGCUCCGCUGAUAAAAAUGAUAGGUAGAGCUGUUCUAGCGGGACAUACAAAAACCUCACAAAAUGCUACAGAACAUUUGGGUAAUGACAUAAUAAAUAGUGUUUCAGACAAAAACAUUACAAAUUACUUAUCGGCUAUAUCUUAAUAGAUUCGUGGGAUGUACAAACGAGCAUAGCAGUUGUGUCGCACAUUAAAAUGAUAAUUAGUUAAUUUAGCCAAUUGCGGGCUGGACCCAAAAAUACUUAUAAUGUGAAUUUCGGCGUCAUGUAAAAAGUUGAAAGAAAAGUAUUUAAAAUGCUUUAAAAGAUGUAGUGUAAGGCUUCGGUGCAAUAAAUGCAUAAACACUUAGAGACGGAAUAACUCAUUUCACGGCUGGUCAAGAGUGAAGCUGGGCGUGAAAUAUUUAUAAAUUUGGGGUUACAGUGUGGACUGACCAACGACUUCCGAAAUGAAGUUAGACCAAAGACCUCUAUAUAUCUGUGUGCUCCUAUCUUAUAUAUCAGCCCUGCAAAGUGGCAUCGACUUUGGAGUUACGUUUUGCAAGAGAGGUCACAGAACUACAGGGGCCACCCUCAAGGUCGAGAAAGGUGACUAUGGUCAUAUCGCCUCGGCAGGAUACCCGAACAAUUAUACCACAGAGGUGUAUCAUGGGCAUCUGUGUAACGUUGAACUUCAGGCGUGCAGCACGUGCAAAAUACGAUUGAAAUUCGUGGAACUACUUUUUCCGGAUUGCUUGUCCCAAAAGACAUUGGUUGUACAACAGAUCAGGAGUGUUUGUGUGACAGGUUGCGACCAUUUACGAUUAUUUGAAGUAGAUCAGCCGUAUCAUCGUUCCACAGAGACGAACUACUUUUCUGACGCGGAAGGGUCUGUGUAUGAAACAAUGUCUUCUGGUGUAGUAAUUCAACACUGUAUGUCAAAUGGUACCAGUUUAGAUGGAAAACGAUUUUAUAUACAGUUCGAGGUAAUUGAUAAAAUCCAAAAGAUAACAGGAACAAUUACAGCUCCUCUCUAUAGCGCCGGAACUGGCUCAAUUACGUCACCAAAUUUCCCACAUGGCUACGCCCUAAAUGGAGAAACAUUUACAUACAUGAUACAAAAUGUAGAUCCAUACGGACAUGUACGGCUAGUGUUUGAUGACUGGGAUUUAGCUGAGAAAAGUCAUAUUCAGGUAUAUGAUGAUUUGUCGGGACCAAAUCGAGCAACCAUAUACGGUCACAGAAAACGUCCUACAAUCAUGUCCAAUGGCAACACGUUGGUGCUGGUAUUCAAUGCAGGACUUGACAGACUAGCCUGUUGCAAUCAUAUAGGCUUUAGAGCAACUUAUACAUUUGUUUCCGAUGAAAAAUGGACACAAAGACCUAGAACAGAUUGCAGCGAAUCAUUUUUAUUAAAAACUGGCGGUGUCAUUGAAUUCAGCACAGACCCGAUGGAAUUACCCCAAUGGUACGAUUGUGUAUGGACAAUAAAACGAUACAUUGCCAACUUUCCUGAUGGGGUGAUAUUACGAUUGGCUGAAAUAAAUUUAGGGAAAGGUUGGCUUGAAGCAGGAAUCAAUUCACUAGAGAUUUAUGACGGUGUAACAUCUCUGGGCAAUGUAAUAGCAAGAUAUACGUCUGAAAAUUUUACGGCUGGUGAUAUUCUGUACAGUUCCGGGGACGGACUUUAUAUCCGCCUACGAGGGGUUUUCAAUAUGGCGGACAAGUUAAAGAUUGUAUACACUGCAGUCAGUAAUAGAACAGGAAUUGGAUGCCCCUCGUCUGCGGGAUUUAUGUGUGAGAAUAUGUGGUGCAUCCAUGAUGACUUAAUUUGUGAUGGCGUUGAUCAUUGUGGCGAUAAUUCAGAUGAAAACCCUGUUUUAGUUUGUACUAAAACCGAAUCAUUUGAAUCCGAUUGGUUAUGGACAUGGGACGAACCAAAACGAAAUGCUAUUAUUACUAUAGCACCAAAAACAACGACGGAGGACGCUUGUUUUGGUUUAUUCCGUUGCCAUGACGACUCGGGUUGUAUAGAUCCCAAACUUCUCUGUGAUAAGGUAGAUCACUGCAAUGAUAGGUCAGACGAGACAAGUUGCAGUUUGUACAUAUUGCGUGGUGCAGCUACGAGAAUGAAUUCAAAUACAUUUCCAGUUUUCGUUUAUGUGCUUAGAUUAUCAGCAUUCAGUUUUAUGAUUUCUCAAUUUUCUGCCUUGUAGUACUUGUUUAUAGUAUUUAUUUAUGAAUAAAUUAUUUUGU